AUCAAUCAAUGGGAGCUGCUUAGGGACAAAAUCUGGGAUUGAAAACGUGAUUAGAACAUGAUUAGAGGAAUUAAUUAAGCUAAGCUAUUCAAAUUCAACAAAGCUGUGUUGAGUUCGAGGCAAGGGUUAGGUGUGCUCAGUCAAACGCAACAGGCAGUGGUAUGAACACAGCACACACAAUUUCACUAUUCAUUUCCUCAUCCAAAAAUGGCUUCCCAUCUCUCUAAACACCAAACAUUUCCAACCCUUUUCAUUUUUCAUCUCCAUUUCUCUCACAGACCUCCGAUGGCGAAACCCUCCAGCCAUCUCCCCAGCUUAGCCCCUCCUGAUCCUGAUUCAGUGGCUAAUCCCCCCACAUGCCCGAAGCUUGAAUCUGCCAUGGCUGCCGCUGCUGCUCCUAAGCCCUCUCCCUUCACCAAGCUCCAUAAUCAGCCCCUUGUUUCAUCUCAAAGGCUAAAGAGUUCAAACCCAUCUCCCCGUAUGGCUGUUUCUUCUAUGAUCAACUCAAAACCCCGCCUCCAGAAAUUUGAUAAUGAAGAGAAGGAAUUGAAAGGGAUUCAAAAGGGGCAUUGCCCUGACAGUAUGAGACCAACAGUGUCCUUACUUCGAAAGGGUGGGAGAACAAAGUCUUUUGCAGCCUCCCAAGUUGAAUUGAUUGAUAUCUUUGCAAAGAACGGCAUGAAAGUGGUAUCAGUUGACAUGCCACCGGCUAUGCAGAUUCAUGCAGUGGAUUGUGCAAGAAAAGCUCAUGACAGUAUGGAGAAAUUCACUUCUAAAGCUCUUGCUUUGUCUCUCAAGAGGGAAUUUGAUGGGGCGUAUGGCCCGGUCUGGCACUGCAUCGUGGGGACAAGUUUUGGGUCUUUUGUGACUCAUUCAGUUGGUGGGUUCUUAUAUCUAUCAAUGGACCAAAAGCUGUAUGUUCUAUUGUUCAAAACCUCUGUACAAAGAGCUGAUUGAAGUAGAUGGCCAAGGGGUGGAUUGUGAGAUCCCACAUUGGUGGGAGAGGGGAACCAAGCAUAUCUUAUAAGGAUGUGAAAACCUCUCCAUAGCAGAUGUGUUGGAAAACCAUGAGGUUCAUGACGAUACAUAACGGCCCAAAACUGACAAUAUCUGCUAAUGGUGGGAUUGGGCUGUUACAAUGCUGUUGACGUUGCUAUAUUUCAUAUGUAACUUAGUCAUCUCUGCCUCGUUGCGGGUCACGUCCACGUAUGGCUCUAUGAGAAGGUCUCAGCCUUAAACACCGGGUCAGCCCAGUCUUAUGGCAGGCUCACAGCGUUGAUGUCUGAUAUUGGAUGCAAAUUCUUCUUUCACUGAUACAUG